AUGAAAUUUCCAAGGAUGAGAGUCUACACGAAGUCAGUGUUGCUGUUCCAUUGGCUCUUUCUGGCCUAUGUACUAAUGGUGUGCUGUAAGCUGUUGUCUGCCUCCAGCUACCACCUCCGGGGACACACAGGCCCCCACCAAAUCAAGCAAGGCACCUGUGAGGUGGUCGCUGUGCACCGAUGCUGCAAUAAGAACCGCAUAGAAGAGCGCUCGCAGACUGUCAAGUGUUCCUGCUUCCCAGGACAGGUUGCUGGCACAACCCGGGCUCAGCCUUCUUGUGUUGAAGCCUCCAUUGUGAUUCAGAAAUGGUGGUGUCACAUGGAACCCUGCUUGGAGGGUGAGGACUGUAAAGUGCUGCCAGAUUACUCAGGUGACACGGUAGCAGAGAGAGAGAAAGAGACAGAGAGAGACGUGCUUUAUCCUCGAGAGGCGUUGGGAUACAGACCUGUCUGGUGUGGAACGCCAUCCAGGCAGGAAAUUGUCUUGGCUUUCAGCAAAUUCACGUUUGUAGUUUGUGCACCAUGAGAAGUGGCAUCCGCCCAGCUGCCCUCUUUGCUUCAUGAGUUGAUCACAGUGAAAUACAACCACUAGCUGCCACAUGGUUCAAGUUUUAUCUGGAUUCCGAAGGAAAUACCUCUAAGAAAUCCCCAGGGAAGCAGAGAUGUCAAAACUGAACACGAGGAACAUUUCAGUCUUCAGUUUCUUUUUCUGCCUUUAUCAAGGGACAGGGACAUAUGUUUCAUAUGGUUCUUCUUUCAGCUUUUGUUUUAGCCAUUGUAUUA